AUGCCAAGCAGCAGGGCACUCGAUUUUUCUCAUUCAUCACCCCUUCAUAAAACGUCCUUUGCAAAUGCGCCCUCGCCGUCUCUCGAAACGGACAUCAGGCACCAGAAAUCCUUGAAAGCAUCAUGCAAUACUCAGAGAGAUCUUGAAUCAAAGAAUGAGACACUCUGGCCUCAACGGCAAAAACUCGAGCUGUUACCGAUACCAUCAUCAAGCCAAGGUACUGAUUCCUGCUCCCAACCUCGAGGUCACCUUCUCUCCGGCAGAACAAAUCUACCAGCUUGUACAGACAAUACCCCAGGCGCCAAGGGCAAAGAGACCUCUGAAAGUGACCAGCAGGAGAACAACGCGAAUGACGCUAUUCAUGCAAAGAUAUCAAGCGGAAGCCCUGGGCUAAGUGGUUAUGUCCCGACAACAGAGGUUAUUGGAAAUCUGAACCGUUCUCAAAGCGAGCUAGAUUUGCGCCAACACUCUGGCGAGCAUUCGGAACAGCUGCGCUCCCGUGUCCCGCAGAAACAGACGGCGGGUACUAGAUCUCAGCGACUCCUACGUGAUUCUUCGGUCUUGGUCAAGAGAUCGAGUAGAGAAUCUGCUCCUUUUUCGUCUUGUUUGUCGAGCUCAGAACGUGCGUUUGAGUUAUCGAUUGGGAUGAAACAGGACUUACCAGCUUCAAAGACUCCUGCAUCCAGUGAUAUGAAAUCACGUACCCCGCUUUCGUCGCACUCAUUGGCACAAAAGGGAAUAUCUAUCGGAGAGGGGAACAGUACACUCAGGAAGAUUCGGUCUAGACGAUCCGAAGAGGCUUCAGCAAUUCAAGUCCGGUUUCCAGGGUAG